AUGGCUUCAUCAGGAGACAAACGAGAUAAAACCAACCAAAAUGCAGAUCAGAAAGAGAAAAAACGAAAGGAGUCGAUUUUAGACCUUUCCAAGUAUCUCGAAAAAACGAUCAGAGUCAAAUUCGCGGGCGGCAGAGAAGCCAGUGGGGUACUGAAAGGUUACGAUCCGUUGUUGAAUCUCGUCUUGGAUAAUACAUCGGAAUAUUUACGUGAUCCAGAUGAUCCUUACAAACUGGUAGAGGACACCCGACAGCUAGGACUAGUAGUUUGCAGGGGCACUAGCGUUGUUCUGAUUUGUCCGAUGGAUGGAAUGGAAUCGAUACAGAAUCCUUUUAUUUCUCAAGAUUAA